UGAAUAUAUAUAUUCUAAAAUUAUAUAUACAAUAUAAGAAAUAAAAAUAUGUACAUACACACCUAAAACAUUUCAAAACGACGAAUACAUAUGGAGUAAAGAGAUUCUUGCCAAACUCACGAUAGACACAAAAUAACGAAAUAUACACCGAGAAAAAAAAUCAAAACAAAUCCCUAACACGACAACAACAUAAACCUCAACAGUAGCAAAAAAAGCCAACGAAAUAUCUCAUCAAAAAAAGUUUCCAAACUCAAAAUUUCCCUUCAAAAUUAAAAAAAUCCAAUGGUGAAGAAUAAAACAAAAUCGAAAAAUAACAAAAUUUUAAGACUGAAAUCACAUCGAGAAGCUGAGUUAAGCAUUUAAAAAUCUUAAAAAGAAACUAUACCAAAAAAUAAAAUCAGUAUUCAAAAAUUCUUUUAUCCACAAAACGAGAAAAGAAAUUAAGCACAUCACUCAAAGCUAUAAAAGCCUUGAGAAAUAAUAACUAAAUUCAUAAGUCUUUCGUUGCAAUUAUUCAGCAUGGAUCGUGAAAUUCGCGAAGACCCUGGUUCCUCAUCUUCAUCGCACAUACGGCGGCGACGCCGCAUUGGUCGCUCCAUGCGUGAAAAAACUCCGGAGGCCAGUCGUCGCCGCCGCUCUUCGGAAGACGAAAGCAGUCUGGUGGAUGCUUCCGAACCCACAGAAGCUCAUGCGGUGAGCAUGCAAAUACGUCCUCCCCAACGUGCUCUCUCGGCUCAUGAGAGUAAGAUUUUAAGACGCCGUGAUAAAACUUUUGCUUCUGCAGCAGCACGCUCUCUCUCACAGCCAAGAGAAGCCGAAAAGCUUUCCGAACCAGAGGCCAGUGAAUUAAUACGCACCGUCAAGAGAAGUCUCUCCUCGCCCCGCAACAAGAACUUGGAGUCCAGCGAGGCUGAGAACAUGUCUCGUAACUUAUCGCCCGAAUCAAGACCCAUCAGAAGGGCUCCACCUCCACCACAGCCGGUGCAAUCUACAGCCGAUGAGAAUCUCUCACGUUUAGAACAAAAUCUACGACGCUUUGAAGAGGAGCGCAAACGUUUUGAGUCAGAGAAACGACUCUUCGAACGUGAGAAGAGAGAUCAUAAGCUGAGAUAUAAGCAAAUGGUGGACAACGAAGAGAGAAAGCGUCUGGUGCAGUCCUAUCGCAAGUUAAGCGAUCGCAUUAAACUGCCCCAAGAUGCGGAGGAGAGAAAACGCUUGCUGCACAGUUUGAGAUUGGAGAAGAAUGAAGUGGCCUUGCCUGCCGCCAGAACAGGGCAAAGGCGCAAUCGCCAUAGUGGCAAUUAUGAAGAAUCUUCGACACAAUUCUCCUCUUCAGAAGCCGAAAUGGUAGAGGAGUCAGUUCGCAUGUCUCCCGCAAGAAAACAAAACAACAACACUUUGGCCACAGCCAGUGUACGCGGGCCACCACCCCAGCCACCGGCUCGCAAGUCUGUAAGUCGCAAUAAUUCUCUCUCACCGGUGAGAACUCCACUAAUAAGUCGCAAUAACUCCCUGUCGCCGGUAAGACCCUCAAAUAGUCCAAAUCAUUCGAUUUCGCCUAUGAAACCCACAGCCACUACAGUGAGUCGCAAUAACUCUUUGUCUCCUGUGAGAAGCACAAAAGUAAGUCGCAACAACUCACUCUCACCCAUAAGGCCGGAUAGACGUUCCAAAACGCCAGAUGAGAGAGCUCAACUUGGGCGCAAGAUAAGUCUGAGAGAGCACAAGGAAAGAGAAAUUGAGGCCAGGCAAGAAACUACUGCCACAGAGGUGGAGAGUGACAAAGAGCAAAAGCUAAGACAUCGCAAACCCAGAAGAGCUGGGUCUGUGCGUCGCGAAGAUGGCCAAAGAAAACAUAGUUUGGAUGCUGAGCGUAAGCCAAAUCUAGAGUCUCAUGAUAGAGUGGACAGCAGCAGUGGCUCAGGAAAUAUUGCCCCAGCCCCUGAAAUUGUGGUGGUAAGCAAAAUCAAUCAACAAAUCUUGCAAGUUGAAAAGCAAGAUAAAGAAGGUAUAACCACCAUUGCCAAGGAGCAGAAGCCAUCAUUUCUACAAAGAUUUUUCGGCAGGUUCCGAAAAGCGAAAACUGUAAAGCAAGCCUCCUCCGAAGAACUAAACAAAGAGAAAGAGGAACUUUUGACACCACCUUGUGCGGAAACCACCACCAAAGAGGCUGAACUUCCUGACAAACUUCUAUCGUUUGCCUUUUUGAAGGCCUUCCUAGGGGAUGCCCGCCAACAAUGGCGCAUUAUGAAAUCCCAACAUCCCGCGCAAUUGAAGGAGAUAAGUAAACUACGAAAUAAAUGUUUUGCCCAUACUGUGGUCUUGAUCUUGCUCGUAGGCUUUGGUGGCCUCAUGUUUCGCUAUACCGAAGGAGCCUCCGAGGAUAUUUACAAAUGUGAGGUGCGCAAAGUCAAAAGAGAUUUUGUUGAUCAUUUGUGGAGUAACAGCCAUCGAAUGAGAGAGGAAGAUUGGAAGACUUUGGCACGUCAAAAACUACGAAAGUUCGAAGAGGAAUUGCAUGCCAUGGGUGCCAUGGGCAUACGCUAUUUCCCCGGUCAACGUUCCUGGAAUUUUGUCAAUUGUAUUUUAUACUGUUGGACUGUGAUAACAACUAUUGGUUAUGGCCACAUAACACCAAAAACCACAUUGGGUCAAUCAUUGACAAUUGCCUAUGCCAUCAUUGGUAUACCCAUAUUCCUAAUACUCUUGGCUGAUUUUGGUAAACUCUUUACACGUAUCAUUAAAUUCAUGUGGGGUUAUGUGCGUCGCCUCUACUACACGGGCACCUGUCGCAAGAUACGCAAACAACAACAGCUGAGAGAUGCCAUGAAUGGGGUUUCCAUGGUCUACGAUGCGGCCAUAAGAAGGCCUAGUCAAUUCUUUGGCAUUACCGCCGAAAGCGAUGUGGAAUCACAAAUGUCCGACAUCAAUAGAUCUUCACAUCCCGAGACACCUACAUCACCCUAUCCCGAGACCAUAGUUGUGGAUGAUGAAUUUAAUUUACCCAUAUCGUUGGCCUCGCUACUGCUCAUCACCUACAUACUGUUGGGGGCCUUUGUCUAUCACUUGUGGGAAGAUUGGACCUAUAUGGAGUCUUUCUAUUUUGUGUUCAUAUCCAUGUCUACCAUAGGCUUUGGUGAUUUGGUGCCCGAUCAUCCCAUCUUCAUGAUGUGCAGUAUCAUAUAUUUGGUCUUUGGCUUGGCAUUGACCUCUAUGUUCAUUAAUGUGGUGCAAAUUAAACUGAGCGAUACCUUUAAGGAUGCCAGCGCCAAGAUAGGAGCAACCAUUGGCUUUGGGGUACCCAGUGAGUUGGGUGAAGAGGAAUUGCAGACCGCCAAGACACCUUCCGAUUUGGCUUCGGUGCAUGGAUCGCGUUUGGGAAAAAUCGAUGAAGCGGACAAUGAACAUUCACCACCACCCAGGCCCUUAACAUCGAUUUUAAGAACAAAUCGUCCAAACUCUCCGGAAGGUCUAGAUGAUGAGACCAUUGAAGUGGAGGUGGCACCACCACCACUAUUGCCCAGGAGACAGGUAUCGGUUGAAUCACCCGAACCCCCAGCGGAUAAAAAGAAAAAGAGACGCUUUUUCAAAUGAGUUAGGAGGUUGUAGAAACUAAGUGAUACGAUAUCUGUAGCUAAGUAAGGAGACUCAGAGAAAUAUAGAUUCUACAAUAGCUUAAUUUAUUUCCUUAAUUAAUACUUAAAACAAAAGAUGAUGAAUUGAAGAAAAUUUCAAGGUGAUAUGAAAGAUAAGAAAUGCAAUUUGGUUUUGUGAAAACAGCUGUUUUUGAGUUGAAACAAA